AUGCGCAACCGGUGCAAAGAACAGGACGGCGAUGGCAGCAACAGUCAUGGGACAGGUCCUGUGAAAAGUCCCAUGACCAUUGCCAUCAUCACUGCCAUGUUCGUGCUGGCCGUGCACAUGCAUCCCAUUGCCUGCCGUGUAGUGACUCAGCUCUACCAACACAUUUUGUCUUUGGCAUUUGCUAUAAAGGAGAUCAAUGAAAAUCCCCAGAUUUUGCCCAACCUCACUCUGGGCUCCCAUAUCUAUAACAGCAACUUUAUUGCAAGUGGGACGUAUCAUGCCUCAAUGGAAGUAUUCUCAACACAAGGCAAAUUAAUCCCUAACUACAAGUGUGAAACAGAGAACAAUCUAGUGUCAGUCAUGGGAGGACCGAAUUCUGAAGUCUGUAUCCAUAUGGCAGCCAUCCUGUCCAUUUACAAGAUUCCACAAGUUUCGAGAGUCUUUACUUUCUUGAAUAAGGAGCAGAGGCCAGGCCUUACACAGAUAUUUGUUUUUCUGGCAAAUAUCAAAUUAGCCCUAAUUACGUUCAUUCCAUCUCCAAGUCUCAAGGACGCCCUAUCCAAGUGGGUAGAACUGUUUCCCAUGUGUUCCACCACAUCAGGCACCACCAUCCAAAUUUUGGAAGCCAUUUUCACAACCCACGGCAUUCCCGACGUCCUUGUCUCGGACAAUGGACCUCAAUUCACCUCUGAUACUUUCCAACAAUACUUGGCAAGCCUGGGCAUUCGCCACGCUCAGAUGGCCCCUUACCACCCCGCCGGUAAUGGCAUGGCUGAACGGGCUGUCCGCUCAGCCAAAGAAACCCUAGCUCGGCUGAGUCACCUGCCCUGGCCUGCCAGGCUUCAGGCAUACCUCCGUGCCCAGCACUCUACUCCAUGCCAGGCAUCCGGCAGGUGCCCUUCUGAGAUCCUCAUGGGCCGCUGGCUCCGGACCACACUGGACCGUCUCCACCCUUCUUACGCCCCCUCAAAUCUCCCGUUGCAGGAGCCCCCACGGUACUUUCUGACAAAGCCUAUUUCUCUUUGCAAUGACCAUUGUCAUCCAGGUUACAGGAAGGCCAAAAAGGAAGGGAAACCAUUUUGCUGCUAUGAUUUCCUUCCUUGUCCAUCAGAGAAGAUUUCUAAUCAGAAGGACAUGGACAACUGCUUUCAGUGUCCACUAGAUCAUUAUCCAAACGAAGAGCGAAAUUUCUGCCUUCCAAAAUAUGUAACAUUUUUAGAAACUGAAGAAAUGCUGGGGAACAUUUUUACCAGCUUUAUUCUUACUUUUUCUAUCAUUACUAUUUUGCUACUCUGGCUCUUCAUUAAAAACAAGGACACCCCUAUUGUGAAAGCCGACAAUGAGACCCUCACCUACACUCUUCUCAUCUCCCUCCUGCUCUCCUUUCUCUGUGCUUUGCUAUUCAUUGGCCAGCCUCGUCAAUGGACAUGUCUUCUUCGGCAAGCUAAUUUUGGUAUCAUCUUCUCCGUGGCAGUUUCUAGUAUUUUGGCAAAGACUAUCAUUGUAAUUCUUGCUUUCAUGACUACCAAGCCAGGAUCCAGAAUUAGGAAAUGGAUGGGAAAAAGACUGGGUCUUUCUGUUGUCCUUUCUUGUUCUUUUAUUCAAAUCAUUAUUUGUACCAUAUGGCUAUCAAAUUCUCCCCCGUUCCUGGAUGUUGACAUGUAUUCCAUGGCAAAGGAAAUUGUAUUGAUGUGUAAGGAAGGAUCAACCAUCAUGUUUUAUUGUGUCCUUGGUUUUAUGGGUCUCUUGGCAAUUAUCAGCUUCCUGGUAGUUUUCCUGGUCAGGAAGUUACCGGACACAUUUUAUGAAGCCAAAUUUAUCACCUUCAGCAUGUUGGUCUUUUGCAAUGUCUGGCUUUCCUUUGUUCCAACCUACUCGAGCACAAAGGGGAAAUAUAUGGUGGCUGUAGAGAUCUUCUCUAUUUUGUGCUCCAGUGGGGGGUUACUGUCUUUCAUCUUCUUCCCAAAAUGUUACAUUAUUCUGGUGAGGCCUGAUUUAAAUAUUAAGGAACAGCUAAAAAGAGGGAAAAACUAA